AUGGUGGUGGAAAUGUUUGUUCUUGGUAGCAAUGGGUGUGGACGUUUUGAACUUCAAUCAUCUUUUGCAGGAAGCUUUCCCAAACAAGUCGUCGGAGAAGGGGUGAGGGUGAGGCUGGCCGUUGGAUUUGUUGGGCUCAAUCUCAGCCAUUGCACAGAAGAAAUGAAGGAGGGGAGUAAAGGAGAGGAUCUGAACUCGUUCAGGAGGACAAUGGUUCAAAUAGUUGGUAUGUUCAUUUCGUUUCUCGAUCGAACUCGAACUGGUCACGAUUGCUUCAGAAGAGGUGUUGUGACUCCUCACCAACAGCAACAGCAACAGAGGACCCAUGAAACAGAGUCGGUGGAGGAAAAACUAGGUUCGGUUCCUAGAGUUUACUGUCCGAAGCUAAUUCAGAGAUUGCCUCAUCUUCCUCACAAUCACCAAGUGAAAAACGGAUCUAUUGAUCGAAAGGAGUUACCAAAGAUGAUCAAUUUCGCGGCAGUGGCGUCACUGCCGAAUUCGUUCAUGUCGUCUCUGACGGGAGACACCGACAGCCUACAGCAUUCGAUGUCGUCGGCGUUUCAGAUUACGAACCCGUCGUCGGCUGGUCGGCCACCGCUGUCCAAGAGGAAGUGCAGCUCGAUGGACGAUGCGGUCGCCAAGUGCGGUGCGUCCUCAGGGCGAUGCCAUUGUUCUAAGAAAAUGAAAUUGAAGGUGAAGAGAGUGGUAAGAGUGCCGGCAAUAAGUGUGAAGUUGGCCAACAUACCAUCGGAUGAUUAUUCCGAGAGAAAGUAUGGUCAAAAGCCCAUCAAAGGUUCCCCACAUCCAAGCGACAUUGAUUUGUGCACUGGUAUGAAUGUGUGGGAAUGA